UACCUGCAUUUCCCUGAAACAACGAACUUUCAUUUUCAACACCUAAUGUCAGUUUGAGUCUGCUGCAACUUGAUAACCUUAGACUGAGGCUACGUCCUUGAUAUUUUGUUACUCCCAACAAUAAUUAAGAAUGCCCAAAAAAAGAAGAAAGCCAUCAGUUUGCCAAAGAAGAAAGUACCAUUAUGAUAAUUUGAGGAAACCAAAACUGGAUAUCGAUAUUGUAAACACUAACCAGCCUUCUGGCUUGACCUGUACACCAGUAGAUCAUGUAAUGCCAAAGAGGAAGAAGGGAAGUAACUUAAAAAAACAGGUUAAAAAGAAAAAGAAGCCAUUGCCAGCUGUUGAUCCUAUCAUGGAGGAGAUUUCUUUUUUAGUUUCAAACCAGACUGAUGAUGCAAUUGUCAAGAUUGAACUCAAUGAGGACAUUUCUAUUGCAUCAGAUGAAGACCAAAGGGAACUUUUAUUAGGUGAACAUAAAGACCACACAUAUACAUCAAAAGAACAGCCACUUGAGAUGGAAUAUACAGGUAAUCAGGACUUUGAUUGUCAGGAGGACUUUUUUGUAGCACCUGUGGAAGGCACAGAGCAACAGAUCAUCCAAGAAAUAGAGAUAUUUUCAGUGUAUCAGUCACCGAAUGAACUUGCAGAACCUUCUCUAUCUCCCUUUAAGACUUUGUGCUGUUUGCUACAAAUUAGAAUUAGUGAUCCAUAUAUUUUUACCUGUACAGAUAAUGAAAUUCGUAUAGUUGAACUGUACCAGAUCAGUAGCAAGAACCUUAGUAUAAAACUCACAGUUAUCAUUGACAGUAGAUUUUGUGCCAAUAUAUAUGUACAUAGGAAGGAAGUUCCAAGAGACAAUUCUUUUUGGACAGGACUGCCAAAUAUAUAUGAUAGCAUAGAAUCUGUAACAAAGUUAUUAUCACGUCUUAGUUGGUUUUCUGUCUGUGUUGGAAAUCCUGAUGAGAAAUAUCAAUACAUUACGCCAGUUGGAUGUGGAAUCAGUACCCAGUACUCCAGUACGAUUCGCAGCUUCAGGGAAGGUAACUUCAGUGCCACAUCAGCUGGCUCUGGUGAAUACACAUCAUCAAUAAGAUCUGUUCAUUGUUCAUUGUUAGUCAAAGGAAACCGCUGUUCACAAUGUAUGGAUGACCGUCUCAUGUUAAGAAAGAGACAUCAAAGAGCUGUAGAGCGUCAGAAAUCGCCUCUAACAGAUUUUGUUCACAAGACAAUAAAACAUGAAAGCAUGACUAGAUCAAACCUAAUUGAAAAAAUCAACCAGCAACGAGAUGAAAUAAAGUCAAUGUCAUUAGAAAUUAAGGAACUAAAGAGAAAGUCUCAGCAGGAAAGUCUCAAGAAUGGAGCUUCAUAAUAAGAUGGUCCAGUUAAUUGAAUUAAAAGACUGAAAAUGUACAUUGUAAACUAAAAAUAAUUUAAAAAAUCAUCACUAGGGUAUCUAGUUUUUAAAAUGUGUCUGAUGACCCUGCCCUUCAACCAAAAUGGACAACAUGGCUUAAAUUACAACAUAAGGGUAACAUGCAGUUUUUGGCUUAUAUCUCUGAAACUUAAUUAGCAUUUAGAGCAAAUAGCACAUGUGGCAAAAAUGUUCAUCAGAUUUAGAUUUGUCUGCCCUGAAAUUUUUAGACCAAUCGGACAACCUGUUGUUGGGUUGCUGCCCCUGAGUU